CCUCUGUUGGGGUAAUUGUGUUGCCAAACUUUGCCCACGCUGUCGGUGCGCCGUGAACGUCGCUUCGCUCAUCCUUGGACCUAGAAACAAGAACUUUGACUUUCUUCAAGACGGUCUGCACCAGGAAGUGGUGUUUUCUACAGGAGCAUCAUGCAGCCAGGCGUUUCCAACAAAAGCCAGCUGUUUGAUUCCCUAAAGGCGUAUCUGAACAAUAAGAAGAGAUUACAACCUAUUAUAGGCCUGAGCAGCAUCGUAGAAUGUGUGAAGGUGGGAAGGCAGAACAGAGAAGCGUUGUACUUCUGUGAGGUGUGCGUGUGUCGGCUGAGUAGAGUCGACAUGAGGAACCACAUAGCGGGAAGUCUCCACAGAUUCAACUACAUUAAAGCCCGACACCAGCAUUUAGUGUCUGAAUGGCAGGAGGACUCCGACCUGUCUAAGCUGGCGUGGCCUCUCAUGGAGAUGGCCAAGGUGCUCGAGGCGAGGGAGGGAGCGGGGGAUGUACAGUUGUUCGAGGUCGAUGACGGCGUCUACCAGAGGAUGGCAACACGCAGCGAAAAUGACGCUGUGACUCUGAUAAAUUUCUUAAGAGAUGGUCAAUCUGAGAGUCACCCAGAGCCGAUCGCUACAUCUUCACAGUCACAGAGGAUUGUGCUGCUCGCACAGAACCAGCAGCGAUGGUCAGAGAAACCCCUCAAGGCUGACAUAAAACCGUUCAGCUUUCUUGACGACUAUACAGGAACCAAGCCUUUGAUUGGUCUUGUCCGUGUGGUUGAGUGCAGAAGUGAAGAUGGCUCGUCGUAUUGCUUCUUAUGCCACUGUUGCCGCAUCAGAUCCAACAAAAAGGACAUCGUUGACCACCUAACCAGCUCUUCCCACCUCGUCAACUACUUGAUGGAAACCCGUCCGGAGCAGGUGGAGUUAAUGACUGAAGCUGAUAACAAAGCUAACGAACCGCUUCUUCAAUCACUGGCCAAGAACGUGGAGCAAGAGGAGGGCAGAGGACAGCUGAAGGUAGUAAAGGCACCAGAAUCCCUCUGUGCGCUUCUCACUGGCAAAAGUUACCACUGGUGUAUCAAGAUGCUGUGUGAUGGAUCAGCAAAUACUAAUAUCCCAAAAAAGAGAAUGGCUGUCAAAGAGCCGAGUGUGAAUGAGACUUCGGUUCGAGUCACGUCAUCAAACAUGCGGCCAAGACUGACGAGAAAUCAAAAGAAGAGGAACGCCAGAGCGAAGAGUACUGUGUUCAGCGUUAGCCUUCCUCUUAACAGACGUACACUGCUGCUGGAGAGGGCAUCUUUCAGCAUGGGCGGCUUCCCUGUGUCACCUGGACCACCUUCACCCAACUCUGAGUCUCAGUUAGUGGACUUUGAGUUAGACUGUGACACUGGAUCAUUAGCAGCUAACAAAACUGAAUGCGCUCCGGCAUCUAAAACCUCACAGCUACAGCGAUAUCGCUACAGUGACGAUGCAGGCGAUGGUCAGUACGUGCCAGAAAAAAACUUAAGAGUCACCCUGUUUCAAGAUGUGAAUGGUUGCGUCCGUAGUACUGACCAGUUAAGCCAGUCUGAAGACAUAACGGGGACUAAAGACCAUGAGGUGCAGGGGGAAAUGAAUGAUACCAGAAAGUACAGCUCUCAAGAAAUUAAGACAUGGAGGAAUGAAGACCUUCAGACACAAAAUGAGGACCUGUUGCCUACGCAGUGUCACUCUCAGGACUGGUCCUCUUAUAAUAAGGCUUUCUACACAUAUGAGGAGGGUUGCACGGAGCAGUGGUUCAAUUCAACAGCAAAGACUGAUGUUGGAACAACAGUGGAAGAGUCGAGAGAAGAAAGUCACGGCGUCAUGAGCUCAGAUGCUGUUCAGCAUUAUAACCAACAACACCUCCACAAUCAGUAUAUGCCAAGUAACAACACAAGUUCCCUGACGGGCGCUGUGGGGAAUCAUGGUUUGUCUGGUGAACUGUUGACUAAUUUAAAUGGGGUCAGGAUGAACAUACAGACUCACCCAGGAGGUCCCCUUGCUCAAAGUGGCAGCGUUAUAUUCCAGCCUGGAGCGCACUCACACACGGUGUACCCCAGUGACCAUGUCCAGACAGCUUCACAAAGUUAUUGGACUCAAUUUACAGCCUAUCAAGCCGACCAAGUAGUCUCUGGGUACCCGUCUAUCCCCAGCCACAAUACUGGGAGUUGUACCGGUCAAGGUUUUUCCUGGAUGAACCCCGACCAGAACUAUCCUUAUUCAGUUGGGACCAGGACGGAGUCGACUGCUUACAGCCAACCUGAGCAAGCUCUGUAUUAUGCAGCAAACUCUAAUCUAAAUUUCUGAGUUUGUUUGGUUUCGUCAAUCAAACUAGAUGGUAUAACUCCAUUCGUGAUUGCAUGUGCAGUGAUACUGAGGCUACAGGGACCUUCAAACCAAAAUGUGUAAUUUAUACCUUUUGUUUUUCAAGUGAAGUUGAGAAUCACAGUCGAUGAUACUAAGCAUCAAACUUUGGAUAGCAGCUGGCUGUUAUUGUUAUACAAAUUGUAUUAGUCGACUCAGUCAUCAAAGUAAUUGUACAUAUCAAGUCUCAGUCGCUCUGAUCUUUUGUUUUUUUGUCUUCUAUUUCUUUUAAACCACCAUGUCAGUGUUACUGCAUUUAUCAUGUUCAACCUGUGCCUCAACCUCCUGAGACCCGAGCUACUGUUUGCAAUGCAUUUUUAAUUUUCCAAGGUAUUUGGGAUUAGGAGGAACCAAGAAGUAUAAAAACUAAGCAUCUUUUUAUAAAAAAACAAAACAAAAACAGG